AUGGACCACUCUUCACAUUACGCCGGAUCCAGCAUGGACCAUUCAAUGCCAGAUAUGGACCACGACAUGCCCGCAAUGUGCUCGAUGAAUAUGCUUUUCACUUGGGAUUGGAAAAACACUUGUGUGGUAUAUAGAUGGUGGCACGUUAAAACUUUCCCGCAAUUCUUAGCUACUUUGGUAGCCAUUGUAAUUAUUGCUGCGGGUUACGAGUACACGAAAUAUUGGUUCAAUAAGAGAGAAGCCAACACUGCCUCAGUGGCUCCAGUACUGUCAGCAAACAACUCAGCACCUCUCAUUCGUAAAUAUGCCAAAUGGCUGAAGUCAUUGACUUAUGGAUUUCAAGUUGGGUACUCGUUCAUGCUCAUGUUAAUCUUCAUGACGUACAACGGCUGGUACAUGAUUGCAACUGUAGUGGGUGCUGUUCUUGGCCAUCAUUUCUGGGGCCAAGAUACUCCUCAGACUAGAUCGAUGGCAUGUCACUGA